AUGACAGAUUUUCUAACCUAAAUAAUCUGAAUUGUAACGGAUUAAUUAUCUGAACUCGAAAGAGCGGUAGUUUUUCCUAAAGAAUUCAUAAGAUUCGAUUGUUUCACGCAAAAAAACAUCGAAUGAGCAUAAUUUUAUCAUAAUUUUAGCAUAAAAUUAGAGACCGAUUCGCAACAUGUUAUCAAGAAAGAAUAAGGAUCUGAGAACGAUCAAGGAGGGAGUAAUUGGCAAAUAUGUAAAGAAAGAAACGCCACCUGAGAUGCCAAUUAUCAAUGUGUGGACAACAGAACCGAACAAAAAACCUAGGCGGCGUAACAAUCAUCCAAUGAUGCCAAGUUCUACGUCCAUUUCUCCGCAACCUAGUAUGGUGCAAAAGUUUGGAAAUAUGAAAACUACGAACAGCGCCGUUGGUCUGGGCAGUCAUGAGGGAAAAUAUACACCAAAUAAUUCUGUUCCUGACUUAACUCAAAGAUUUGCCGGCCUAUCUGUUAAUACUGGAAUGAAUGACUACAUGUUUUCGAGGACAGCAACACCCAUGUAUCAUGCCGAACUGUCACCCGCAAUGUCACAUACUUAUAUCAAUCAAUACGCUGGAUCCGAGUACCAUCUGGAUAGGGUCCAGACACCACAAAUGCCUUACAUGCCUUUCGACGUCGAUGGUUACGAAGAUUAUAAUCACUCCAUUUAUCGUCAUAAUGCUAGCUAUAGUAGAUGCUAUUCGGAAAGAUCGAGUUCUCGGAAUGAGCAGCAGCAGGAUGAGUUGCCUUUGCCGCCUGGAUGGUCAGUUGAUUUCACACUCCGUGGUCGAAAAUACUACAUCGAUCAUAACACUAAGACCACACAUUGGUCACAUCCACUUGAAAAAGAGGGUUUACCCACAGGAUGGGAGAGAAUUGAAUCUCCUGAGUACGGCGUUUAUUACGUUAACCACAUCACGCGCCAAGCUCAGUAUGAACAUCCAUGUUACCCGCAUGAGAUGCAAGCUGUGCGGGUCGUAUCACCACCACGGCAUACUCAUUUUCACUCUCACAGUGUUUUGGUACCGGCCAAUCCAUAUCUGAAUGAGGAAAUACCACACUGGCUGUACGUGUACAGCAGGGCCUCAAUAGCUUUAGAUCGCAAGCUGCGUUGGGAAUUGUUUCGUUUGCCCGAGUUGGACUGUUUCAAUGCUAUGCUCACCAGACUGUACAAGCAGGAACUGGAGGAAGUUGUAAUGCGUUACGAGGAAUAUAGAUCGGCAUUACUAUGCGAAAUGGAACAAAGACUGAAAGAACUAAAUCCGGAAUCUGACAAUUCUAAUGUUGGUGCUAUUGCUUUACGAAGAUCUCUUCCCUGAGAGAGAAGUCUACUAAACAAUCAAUUGUUAUAUAUUGUUUUUCUUUUGGCUAACUGAAGAAAAGUUCCCUGGAAGCUUUAUAAUAAAAAAUUAUAAUAAAUGAUAGAUUGAA